AUGCGCCACAUCGCUAUUAUUCUUGUGCUACUACUAUGUGCCGAGACGAAUGCCGGAGCAGCAUCUCGCCAAGCGGCCGUGAACAAAGCUAUCGAACAAACGAGAUCGCGUCUAUCGCCGGCCGCGCAGCCGCAACGGGUCCCGCAAAGAGCCAACGUGCGUUUGAAUGCCGAACAACCGACCACGUCGAGCCCCGGAAAAAUGGAGUCGCUCGACGUUGAACGAUUGAAUCGUUUGAUACGAGCGCUUGACAGAACUUGGGUUCUGCCGAAAGCCGGCGCCAAAGAUCCAGUGGGAAGCAACUUCCAGUAUAAGAAGACUUGCGCUUCAAUCUACAAGGCUCGUCACGGCGCCUGCCAGCAGCUUGGAUUUGGUGUCAUGUGCUUCAAUUACUGUCAUGAGCGAGGUGAGAAGCUUGCAUUUAAAUGUCAGGACGCCUCGGAUGCCAGCUAUUGCAAACAAUCGGGAACGUUUGAUACAUUCCUCGCCAAAUAUCGAAAAGACGGCUAUAAGGCGAAAGCCUAUAUUCAUCAGAUGAUCUCGCGAUGCUAUUCGACGACGAUUUGCAACACCCAAACCGGAAUAUUGAACUCGACGAUCAUUGAUGAGGAUUUUGAGCCGGUUGAGAAAACCACAAAGGUAAAUCGUCUGAAGUUGCUUACGAGAAAACCGGGAAGCCCUUUGGCGUUGAUGAAGCUCAAGACGAAGGUCACCACCACUACCACUGAAUUCCCUGAAGUUGAGGAGGUUGACGAGGAUGAGAUGGAGGCGACGACGACGACAAGAAAAGCAAAAAUUGUCAAGAAGAAGCCUAGCGGAAGCCUGACUCUGAAGACGAAGCCGACGCCGGCGCCGGAAAAUAUUCCAACAACGACGAAGGCAAAUAUUUGGGACAAGUUCACGAUUGGGAACAAGGCGAAACCGACGCCGAAAUACAUUCCAUUCUGGCAGCGAUUAAUGUCGACGACAUUAAAGCCGACUGAAGAUGAAGCCGAUGUUGAGGAGGAGGCUGAGCUCGAGGAGGUGACGUCGACGCAAGCCGAAGAGCCGAGCACGACCCUCACCACCACCACCACCACCAUCGUCACCACCAAUGAGCCGUCGACGACGAUGGAGAUUGAAGAGGAAACGACGGAAGAAGCUAUGGAGCCGAUAAAAGUGGUGCAAAAAUCGAAUCCGGAAAAACAUACGUUCAAACCGCUGCCGGUCACCGUUCCGCAACCGUUUGGUCCGGAGCUCGCCCAUCAGAAGCCCAACGAGGAUGUGGCCGCUGGACCGGGAUUCUGGAAUCGAUUCCAGCCGAAUCGCUGGUUCGAAUCGAUUCAUUAUGUGACGAAUACUGGAAAAUAA